AGAGGCGUAAGGAAAGUAUGGCGCGAAGUUCCACGAUGCUUCUCUAGCUGCAAAAAAAUAAAUAAAGCUUCAACCUUUGGGCGCGGCGUCGUCUACCGAAUGUAGGGAUUCUUUCCACUUUCUUUCUUCCAAAUUUCCAAUCGCCAAAAUCUCACAUAUGUUUGCUUUACACACACAUAUAUAUUUCUCUCCUCUCCUCAUUGGGUUUAUAGGUUCAUUCAUUGAAACCCAGCAACGCCCAGAUUUAGAAACUAGUGGCUGAAAUACUUGGUCAGAACAAUCUCUUAAACCCACAGGAGGAUUGCAAUGGCAACUUGUAUACCCGCGGGAAGUGGCAGACUCCACUGUAGAGUGAGAGACGUCAAGGGACAAGGUUGUAGAAGGACUUGUUGGAUUGCCAGUGUUGCAUUUAGUGGAUGCAUACAGAAAGACUUUUCAUGGUCACACGGGGUAUCAAAGUUCUUGCAGAUCCAAAGAUGUAACUUUUCCCCAUCUCCAAUUAACGAGAACUCAAAGACCUUAAGAACAGUCACUUCAUCGAGCUUGAGAGAUGACUCCACCAAGUUUUUUGAUUUUGCUGUCAUUGGUAGUGGAGUUGCCGGGCUCCGCUAUGCCCUUGAAGUGGCAAAACAUGGAUCUGUAGCCGUGAUUACCAAGGCUGAACCUCAUGAGAGCAAUACAAACUAUGCUCAAGGUGGUGUUAGUGCUGUUCUUUCCCUAUCAGAUUCUGUGGAGAGUCAUGUCCAGGACACCAUUGUAGCAGGGGCCUAUCUCUGUGACGAGGAGACUGUCAGAGUUGUGUGUACAGAAGGACCUGAAAGAAUUAGAGAAUUAAUUGCAAUGGGGGCAUCCUUUGAUCACGGGGAGGAUGGAAACUUGCACCUAGCAAGAGAGGGAGGUCACUCUCAUCACAGGAUUGUUCAUGCUGCUGAUAUGACUGGAAGGGAGAUUGAAAGGGCACUGUUGGAGGCCGUUCUUAAGGAUCCUAAGAUCUUCAUGUUUGAACACCAUCUUGCGAUAGAUUUGCUAACUUGUCAGGAUGGUUCUGAUACAGUUUGUCUUGGCGUUGACACUUUAAAUACGGAAACACAAGAGGUGAUACGGUUUAUCUCAAAGGUGACUUUACUUGCGUCAGGUGGGGCUGGACAAAUCUAUCCAACAACUACAAAUCCUCUGGUAGCCACAGGGGAUGGAAUUGCUAUGGCCCAUCGAGCUCAAGCUGUGAUUUCCAACAUGGAAUUUGUUCAGUUCCAUCCUACGGCCUUAGCUGACGAGGGCCUUCCUGUCCAACCUACCAAGGCUCGAGAAAAUGCAUUUCUCAUUACUGAAGCUGUCAGGGGUGAUGGAGGCAUCCUGUACAAUUUAGACAUGGAAAGGUUCAUGCCACUCUAUGAUGAACGAGCAGAACUUGCUCCGAGGGAUGUGGUGGCAAGAUGCAUAGAUGACCAGCUUAAAAAGCGAAAUGAGAAGUACGUGCUACUUGAUAUAAGUCACAAGCCCAGAGAAAAAAUCCUCUCACACUUCCCCAACAUAGCAGCCGAGUGCCUUAAGUACGGCUUGGACAUAACUCGCCAGCCAAUUCCCGUUGUUCCUGCUGCUCACUAUAUGUGUGGGGGAGUCCGUGCUGGACUCCAGGGAGAGACAAAUGUGCAGGGCCUGUUCGUGGCAGGUGAAGUUGCUUGCACGGGAUUGCAUGGAGCCAACCGUCUUGCUAGUAACUCAUUGCUUGAAGCACUAGUUUUCGCACGAAGAGCGGUCCACCCCUCAAUUGAACACAUGAAGUGCUCUAGCCUCGACUUCAGCACUUCAGAUUGGUGGGCCAGACCAGCCGUGCCUGUCUCACUCGAGAGCAAUGCCAUCGAAAAAAUUUUGGCAAUGACAAGGGAAGUAAGAAAAGAAGUGCAAUCGAUAAUGUGGAAGUAUGUUGGAAUUGUACGUUCUACAACAAGGCUUGAAACAGCAAAGCAAAAGAUUUGUGUUCUGGAGGAUAAGUGGGAGGACUACUUAUUUCAGAUGGGAUGGGAACCGACAAUGGUGGGGCUCGAGGCUUGCGAAAUGAGAAACUUCUUCUGUUGUGCAAAACUGGUGGUGAGCAGCGCCCUUGCUAGGCAUGAGAGCCGCGGACUUCACUAUACCAUCGAUUUUCCUGAUCUUGAGGAGAGCAAGAGGCUUCCAACAGUUAUACUCCCUUCUUCAUCCGUGCGAACUUCAUGGAGUUCGCGUCAACUACACAAGCUGCCAUUGUGUUAGGAAGUGCAACUUUUUCGGCAUCUGUUGAAAUCAUAGGGUUCUCAAGUUCUAGCUUACCUUCCAGAAACGUUUUGGCUAGGAUUGAAGCAUCCGAAAUUCGAGCAGCAUCUGUGAAAGCCGCACCAGGUUGUACCAUUUUAGCUUUUGGUUUCUGAUUCCUUUUUACCUUCUAUACUAAGAUUUCUUUCCAAUAAAAGAAAGAAAACUUCAUCAAAAUAUUCUUUCUUUCAAAUAAAAGAAAGAAAACUUCAUCAAAAUAUUAAUGCAAUAGUUUACAAUUCAAUUUCAAUGUAUAUUUGCUGAUCGACGAACAUUUAAAAAUGUAAAUUAUAUCAACUGCAAUCAGCAUUCAGCUGAGAAAGUUAACUUUUUGUUUCAAA